AUGAGUAAUUCUGAUACUAAGUACAGUCUGUUCUACGAGAUCCUGGCUGGUGUGUGGGUACGGAACGGUCUCCAGAUCAAGGGCCAAGCCAUGACUUAUAUCCAGGCGAACUUCUGCAACUCCAUGGUCGAUAUGGACAUCUACUGGUUGCAGAUCUGCGCUGCCCAUCUUCCUCCCAACGACUUUGUGCGAAUGUGCAUUGAUACAUUUGGAGUGAGAGAGUGGUUGAGUAUGACGCCCAUGUCGGCAUCCCAGGCUGCGGAACAGGACGCGAUGGUGGAGGGACUCCUGACCUUCCUAGCCAUCCUAGUUAGCUCCAGGACCAAUCUAGGUAAUGACGAAGUGCUGCAGUCUCGUGUAGAAGUGGCGACUCUUCUAGCAGCUGGUGAUAAAACUCACUCUCAAUUACUUGAGCUGAUGCCAGAACGAUCUGGAAACGCGCACACCAGAAACUUCGAAGCUGUGCUUAGCGAGCUGUCAGUGUACCGCGCGCCCCCUAAAGGCUCCGAAAGCCUGGAGCAAGGCCUCUUCGUGCCGAAGCCCGUGGUCUGGGAGCGCUACUACGACCCCCUGCACGUGCUGAGACGCGCCGUCCACCGACGAGAUUUCCACGCCUCCAUGGAUAGAUUCACCGCCUAUGUGGCGGAGAAACGCAAAGCCGAAGACGGCAGCAGCAACGCCACCACCAACACUGGUAAUCUGUGGCCACCACUCCGACCUGCAGUACCACCACCGGACGUAGAACUGAGUGGGGAUCCAAGACAGAUUUGUGCUUCAGGCGUGCUGCAAGCGGCGAUACUAGCUGUCCUUCACCGCGGCGUGAGGAGAAGGGAUUUGUGCUGCGGAGGUGUUGCUGCACCGCCCGACCACGUUCUCGCGCUGGCCGUGUACUUGUUGGACGCGGCUGCUGACCUGCAGCGGGAUAGAUCGCGGGCGGACAGUUCCGUAUGCGUGCUGGGCGGUAGCGGGCUGAGCCGCCGCGGCACGGCAGGCGUUCCGAUGCUGUGCGUCUUCGAUACGGACGAGAUCACGACGAAUGCGUGUACGCUGAUAGCGCACGUACCACCGGUCUACUACUCGGAGUUUGACUAUCCGGAGCCGUAUUAUUCCGACAGCGAUCCAGAAUGGGAGAACAAUGACAUGGGGCAGCAUGCUGGACCCGGGCCCCACAUUAAGCCACACUCGCUUCAACGGGGAUCCACCGCUUUGGCUGUGCCUCAACCCAUGCAAAUGGUGAGAAACAACUCGGUACCAGAUGACCAGUCUGACGCGGGAGGUGAUGCGCCGGAGUUGAGGGCUUUGGAGGGCGGCGAGAGCGGAGCGCUAGUUGUCCAAGACAUGGGGCUGGCGGUGCAAGAUCGGGACCUGGUUGUUCAGAACGUCGGAGCGACGAGCGCGGAUAUGCAAAGUGACGCAGGCGCAUCGAGCGUGGAAGGUGGACAGGACAUGACGUUGGCUCUGACGGGUUCGGAUACGGGGCCGAGAUACGGUUAUGACGUGAGCGAAUUGGAGUGGGGGGUCGGACCGCGCGCGCUCCCCGCCCCACUGGACCCGACGCUCGAUGGGCAACCAGACACGCCCCCCGAAACCGAUGCCAGGUUCCCGCUGGAGGCACCAGAAGCCCAAAGCACCCACGAGUGUCUGUCAGACGUGAUCGGUGAUCACAUCCCGAUUAACGAAUCGCUAAUCUCCCUAUUGCUGAAGCUGCAUUCACAACUCUCUGGUCGGCUUGAUUCUUUCUCCUUGGAUGAACCCCCGCCGUCUACGCAGGAACCUAUCGGUGACGGACCACAUUUCAUAGGAAUAUUGCUUCACAAGUUGGCUGCGCUGGAUUCACGGUGUGCUGAAACCAUUCAACUGGUUCGAAGGACCAUGUGGCCUAACCAACGCGAACGACAAGCUGAGCAAAGGGCGAGAGAGCGCCGUGAAAAAGAAGAACGAACGCGACGCGCGCGCGAACGACAGGCGCAGGUGAUGCGCGACUUCGCGAGGAAGCAGCAGCAGUUCCUCUCGGCUGUCCGGCAGCUGGAGGGGGAGGACAUGGAGUGGGACGAGGAGAUGGUGGCGCGGGACUACGACUGCGUCAUCUGCAACACGACAGCGCCGGCGGCGUUGCACGAUCCCAUUGGUCUUGUUGUACUGUUACAGUCGACAUCCGUCUUGGGUCACCGACGUCGUGCUGGCUCUUCGGAAGGAGUGCUAGCUCUGUCCGAGAGCGAAAGGGCGCGGCUUGCUGCUCAUCAGUACAGCACAGCGGCAGCACACCACUACCGACUGCAUGACGACCUGCAUCAGCACUUCGAUCAGGAAUCCUGGGUUCUCAGCGUAAGCGUCGGUUGGGAAGGGGGGGUGAUGUCCCAGUCGUGUGGACACCACGUACACUUACGAUGCUUGCGGGCCUAUCUACGUUCCUUAACAGCCUCCCAACGACCUCCGAACUUGAACGUGGAGCGCGGCGAGUUCCUAUGUCCUCUGUGCCGUCAGCUCGCGAACAGCGUGCUACCGCUCGCACCAGAACCCAUACAGCCACCGCUCAGACCUCCCCCCCAAGCCGCUUACACCCAAUUGGCCAGGGAUGUCACGGAUAUGCUGGAGAGGGAUAUAUCGACGCCGGUGAAAAGCCAGCUGUCAGAGGCGAUGGGCAAAGCGAUGACAGAUAUGACUGCGAUGGCUGGUGGCAAGUUGAAGCAGCGGUAUGGGUCUUCACCUGCUGCCAUCUUCACUUUCGUAGCGUCCCUGGUGCGGACCAACCUGGAAUGCGAGCUGGUGCAACGGAACAACACGCUGGUGGUGCAACCCACACCCAGAUACAAGCCCAGAGAAGAAUGCAUUGUACCCCUAAUGUCCGUUGCUGGUACACAUGCGCGCGCGCUAGUCGUGGCGGGGGCGUCGCUGGGCGUGGCAAGCACGUGGCGCUCUCUGGUACCAGACGCCCUCGAUGCUGCCGACGAGGGCGGAGGUAGUGGUGCAGCUGUUCCAGCUCCGACGGCGUCCCGACCUGUACCACUGCUGCUACGUGAUCCGACGGCGUUGCUGUUACACGUAUUGCUCCUCGCGCCGGAUGAGACACCGCAUCUAGAUAUACAGCACUUCACCUGUAUAGUCCGGACGAUGUACGCGCUCACAUAUUACCAAGUAGUGAACCAGCUGUGCGCACUAGGCAGACUUGCGCCGGCGCAGCACGUCCGCGCAGAAGGUCGUUCUCGAGGCCUGAUCGAAGCCGCGCAGUUGCUGCUUACAGCGCUUGCUGGAGAGCAUUUGCUGGACGAUGACGCCACUACCACUAGUGCGAACCAGCAGUUCGAUAUAAACAAGGCUGAAGAAGAGGUACAAGAAUUAAUUCUACCCUAUCUAAGGAUAGUAUCGCUCAUUCGUGCACACGUGUAUGGUGGCGAGUUGCCUCACAUCACCAGCUCGAAUGAGGAGUUCCCAACACUCCUGAGAUAUCUGCAAUUGGCGGACGAGGACGGUAUUCUUGUGGCGUCAGACGGAUUGCCACCAAACGCUGGUGUCGCGGCACGCGCCUGGGCUAGACAGCUAGCGACAGCGGCCACGGGUGGUCAACUUGCGAUCGGCCGGGUGGUACGGAGCCUGCAUGUGGUGUGGACGGGGCCGACGCUGCUGAAGUUACCGAGGGAGUACGACCGUCUCUUCACGUACUACCACGAGCGAGUGUGUCUCCAGUGCGGUGCGGUCCCCAAAGAGGCAUCAGUUUGCUUGCUCUGUGGAACCCUGGUCUGCCUGAAGCAGCCGUGCUGCAGGCAACACCAAGUCGCUGAAGCGAGCCAGCACGCGAUGGAGUGCGGUGGUGGCACGGGCAUUUUCCUGGUGGUGACUUCCACCUACAUCAUCGUGAUUCGUGGGCGACGCGCCUGCCUUUGGGGGAGCCUCUAUCUGGAUGACUACGACGAAGAGGACAGGGAUUUGAAACGCGGGAAGCCGUUAUACUUAAGUGAAGACCGAGCGGAACUUCUCCAAGCGCAGUGGUUGGCACACCGCUUCGAUCACACCAAGAGGACCUGGGUUGACAUCGCCCCGGACCGGCGCCGACCGCUGCGUCCUCUUACCGACUGUGUUCUAGCUUGUUCGAUCGCUCUACUAGGACUAGCUGCGCCGGCGCAUCGGCGCAACUUGAAUAGUGAUUAA